AGUGAGCUGGCAGGCUAUAUCAACAGCAGACUGUCACUCGCUGUAAGGGAGGUAUAAUGUUGCAAGAAGGAGCUCAGCUGGACCAGGACGCAAUUUGCUGUUCGAUAUGUCUGGAUGUACUUAAGGAGCCUGCGACUACUUCCUGUGGACACAGUUUCUGCAUGAAUUGUAUUCAAACCCACUGGGACAAAGAGGAUGAGAAGGAAGUCUACAGCUGCCCUCAGUGUAGAAAGAGCUUCACAUCGAGGCCUGUCCUGCUGAAAAGCAUCAUGUUAGCAGAUUUAGUGGAGAAACAGAAGAAGACUGGACUUGAAGAAGCUCCUGCUGAUCUCUGCUAUGCUGGAGCUGAAGAUGUGGCCUGUGAUGUCUGCACUGGGAGGAAACUGAGAGCCUGUAAGUCCUGUCUGCAGUGUUUGAUCUCUUACUGUGAGAAACACCUCCAGCCUCACUAUGAGUCUCCUGCCUUUAGAAAACACAAGCUGGUGGAGCCCUCCAAGAAGCUCCAGGAGAACAUCUGCUCUCGUCACGACGAGGUAAUGAAGAUGUUCUGCCGCACUGAUCAGCAGUUUAUCUGUUAUCUCUGCUCUGUGGACGAACACAAAGGCCACGACACAGUGUCAGCUGCAGCAGAGAGGACUGAGAGGCAGAGAGAGCUGGAGGGGAGUCGACUAAACAUCCAGCAGAGAAUCCAGGACGGAGAGAAGGAGGUGAAGCUGCUUCAGCAGGAGGUGGAGGCCGUCAAUGGCUCUGCUGAUAAAGCAGUGGAGGACAGUGAGAAGAUGUUCACUGAGCUGAUGCGUCUCAUGCAGAAAAUAAGCUCUGAUGUGAAGCAGCAGGUCAGAUCCCAGCAGAAGAGAGAAGUGAGUCGAGUCAAAGAGCUCCAGGAGAAGCUGGAGCAGGAGAUCUCUGAGCUGAAGAGGAGAGACGCUGCACUGGAGCUGCUGUCUCACACAGAGGAUCACAACCAGUUUAUUCAAAGCUACCCCUCAUCUACACACUCAUCCAGCAUCCUUCCUCUGAGCUACCUUGAAGAUGUGAAAGCAGCUUUGUCAAAAUUCAGAGAUAAACUACUGGACGUCCUGAGAGGUAAAUGGACAAAGGUGUAUCUGACAGUGGGUGAUGUGGACACGUUGCUGUCACAACCACAGCCCCAGACCAGAGCUGGAUUCUUAAAAUACUCACAUCAAAUCACUCUGGAUCCAAACACAGCAAACACACGUCUGUUGUUAUCUGAGAGGAACCGAAAAGUAACUUCAACGCUAGGAGAAAGUUAUCCUAGUCACCCAGAAAGAUUCACCACACAUCAUCAGGUCCUGAGUGAAGAGAGUCUGUCUGGACGCUGUUACUGGGAGGUGGAGAAAGGUAUGGGAGGAAUUGCAGUGGCUGUAGCAUACAAAGACAAUGACACUGUAAAUGAACAAUUUGGAGAGAGUGAAAAGUCGUGGGCAUUAGGUUUUUACAAAGGUCGUUAUGAUUUCAGACAUAAGAAACACCAAGCUCCCAUCCCAGGUCCUCAGUCCUCCAGGGUCGGAGUUUACCUGGAUCACAGUGCAGGUAUUCUGUCUUUCUACAGCGUCUCAGAGGAAACCAUGACCCUCCUGCUCAGAAUCAAGACCACCUUCACUCAGCCUCUCUAUGCAGGACUUCAUCUUUAUGCUCCCAUUGGAAACACUGCUGAGAUGUUGUGAGUUUAAGAAGUUAUUGAGAGGAAAAGAGGUAAUCCUCAGAUACUAGACAACUGUUGUUUUGGUAAAUGCAAAGAGUGGUUGGCCCUUGUGAUGCAGUUAGUUUAAAGAUUUUGCAAAUCAUCAUUCCGGCAAUAUUUGUUCAGGAAAAUGCUACAAAUGUUUCCACAACUGAAGAAAACCCCAAACAUUUAAAGCACUGGACAUUGUUUACAUUUGUAGAUUUUAAAAUGACAAGGAAAAAUGCUGGAAAAGUACUCAGGCAUUCACUAUACUACUUUAUACAUACUAUAUUAUUUGCAGUAAAGGUACAAAUGAAGUAGUAAUUUCUCCUAAAUGGUUCUGAAUUGAUGCAUUAAGAUGCUGUGCUUUUAUUGUUGUAUUCAUGUCUCUAUACAUAUUGUAUAAACUGAUUGUGAGUUUAAAUAUUACCUGUUUGAAUUACAUUCUGCAUCUAAAACAUGAAGCAUACUCCAUUUAAAUAAUCUUUUGUCAUAAUGAUGCAGUAAUUAAGUAAAUGGCCUGUUGGGUAAAAGGUUGUGUAUUAUAGCAUGCAUAGAGUUGAAGCAGUAUUCCAUUUGAAUACUUAUACUCAUUGGGUUAAUGUUCAACGUGGCUUCAAAUGAACUUUAAUCUUCCAUCCUGCUCACUGUGAGCUAGUUGCAGAUUUUAAAUUCCCCACCAGAGGUCACACUUUGCAUGUUCUCCCCUAUAAAACACUAAUGUGUGCUUUGGUGCCUUUAACUUUUCAGGGAGUCUUUUUUUAUUUAGAUCCCUUAUUUAAUGUUUUGUUUAUUGUAAAAGUCUUGAAAGGAAAUGCAAUUGAUGUAUCUUUCAUUACAAAUCCUCUUAUCUAACACUGAUGUAACAUUACAAAUGAAGUUUAUUACAUUAAUUCUCUAUUUGAACAUCAAUAUAACUUUUGCUGCAUGAUUUUAUUUUGUACUUACUCACAUAUAUGCUUGCUAUUAUGUUCCUUGUUAUCCUUGGUUUGAGUUAGGAUUUAGUUUGCUGUGAAUGCUGGGAUGUUUCAUCACAUCCUGACCUAGAAAUCAGCCCUGGUGAAAUGUACAAUAUAAAUUGUGUGAAGGUGAUGAUAUACUUAAUAAAAUUACACAUUUAGAA